GUGUAAACCCAGGGUGCGCCACACUCCCUCCUGUCCCAAGUCCCCUCUUCGCGAUUCCGUAGCCAUUGUGGCUUAACCCACUCCGUGCAAACAAGGGUGCACAUUGACACUCAACUUCUUUGAUUGACACUUAGUUUUGAUUGGUCUGACUGGGUCAGCCGAAUACAUACCUGGAUGGAUAUGCUGCGCGUUCUCCAGUUCGUGGCGCCGCGCCGCGCGAGCCAGGCCGUGAUUGCUAUACGUCUGCUCUCUCUACACGGUGCGAUCACGCGCGCCACUGGCGUCAAGUCAUCAGUGGAUGUGUCGCACCAGGUUCAAAUGGAUGCUGCCAGGUCCAUAACAGGCUCAUGGUUCGCCAGGCGGGCGACCACUGCAGUAACGCCAGCGCCGACAACGUGUGUCGAUUCUGCAAACGGGGCCACGAACAGAAAGGGCAACGGGUGCGAAGUCUACAGUUACAUAGAGGAGAAUCCAUAUGUCGGCAUCUGUCUCGACCCUUACUAUGACGACGAAGAUUUCUCCUCGUCCAUGUGCUGUGUAUGUCCAGAAGAGUGCCCCGUGGAACCAGAAAUAACGGCUACCUGUGAGAACUGGGUCACUUUUACCCCUGACAACAACGAUGGUUACGGGAGGAAUUCCCAUUCAAAUCUUGCUGGAUUGGGUCCGGAUUUCGGCAAGCCCAAGGAGCUCCGGUACUAUGGCGUCGGGACUCUCAUGAACGGCGUCCACAUCGACAUCGUCUUCGUGAAUACAACCGCUUAUAUCCCACGGAACACCAACUGGAACCAAAUUUCUGGAAGUCAGGCAAUCGUGAACCUCCUCGUUGGGCAAUUCGCCACUCUGCGAGCGGAGUUCGUGAGAAACCACACAUUCUGCCCAGAGACGCCGGUAUUGCCAAAACUCACGUUCUGUGACAUCGACCAUUACGUUGAUGGGGAGAAUGAGAUUCUGAUGCUCGACGGUAUCAGCGCUCUCUAUACUGUCGAUUACGGCAUUGAAUACGAUUUGGAUUUGUAUGUCCAUGGGACGAUUUACGACCCAACCCCUACCGCAUUGACCUACAACGUAGAAACGAUCCCGACCAUGAUUUCUGGCAGAAGCGCCCUGAAGUACACCGCCGUCUCGGGUGGACAGUUCGGGAUCCGGACGCAGUCGCAGAUGUUCGGCCACGGGUGCGACAAUCCGACGGACACGGACCACCUCGUCAACAUCACUUGUCCAGACCCCACGGCGGUCCCCGUGGACCAGGCGAAGCGGUGCUUCAUGGUAGAGUUCGACAACGUGAGCUCAUUCGACAUCGCGUUCAGGAUCUUGACGGACAAGCCCGAGGAGUACAUCCAGGAAUGGGGCCGCAAUUUCGCCAUAUCUGGGACGUCCCCUUACUAUGCCCACCAGGACAGCGACCCGUGCGUCUACACCGAUUCACCGACGCCCGCUCCGACUUCUUCACCGACUCCUGGGCCAACAGUGGCACCCACCGAAUUUCCGACAGCUUCGCCGACACCAGCUCCAACCCUCAACCCGACAGCCGCGCCAACCGAUUCGCCGACGUCUGCCCCCACACUGGCGCCGACAGCUUCACCGACGCCGUCUCCAACCGUUGCCCCGACAGCCGCGCCCACCGAUUCACCGACAACGGCGCCGACAGCAGCACCGACUCUGGCACCGACACUUGCGCCGUCCUCCUCACCAACACUGGCACCCACCGAAUCUCCGACCGCUUCGCCGACAGAUUCACCGACGCCGUCUCCAACCCUCUUCCCAACGCCAUUCCCGACGCCCUUCCCAACGCCCUACCCGACGGCCUUCCCGACAGCCUUCCCGACGCCAUUUCCCACGCCCUAUCCGACGCCCUUCCCGACGCCCGCUCCGACAGCGGCCCCAACAUUGGCGCCGACAUUUGGUCCAGCGAGCGGCAUUGGUGGCAUUAGUGGCAUUAGUGGUGGGGGGCCUGUAGUUGUGACGCCCGCGCCGACUGUCCAGAUGAGUGCAUCUGGUGACCCACAUCUGGUCAACGUGCAUGGGCAGCACUUCGACUUGAUGCAGCCUGGCGUCCACUCCCUCAUUCGCGUGCCGAUCAAGUCGCGCCCAUCGAAUGUGCUGCUGCUUGUGAGAGCUGACGCCCAGCAGAUAGGCGGCGCGUGUGCGGACACGUACUUCAUGAGCGUCAAUAUUACCGGAAAGUGGGCCCAGGCCAAGGCCCACGAGCUCGGGAAGACCAGGGGCGCUGGCUUCUUCUUCACCGCGGGCAGGGGGGCGGCCCACACGGGAACGAAGUGGAUCUCUUUCGGGAAGAUGCAGUUGAAGGUGGUCCACGGCCGCACCAAAGGGGGCGUUGCAUAUCUGAACUUCUUCGCUCGCAACCUGAAAAAGGCUGGCAUCCUCAUAGGAGGGCUCCUCGGGGAGGACGACCACGAGGAGGCGGCCACGCCGCCUGGUGAGUGCCGGAAGGUCUACGACAUUUGAGGCUUGCGCGAAUCUCAUCUUCGCUGUGUCGACCAGGAGGAGGAGGCCCCUCCGCCUGGUGAGUGCCAGAAGGUCUACGACAUCUGAGGUUUGUGUGCAUGGUCUCCUCGCUGGGUCUUUGCUUCCUUUCCUCGUCUCCUCUUUUGUUAUCUCAUGUUCGUCCUCGUCCCUCCUGCUGGCCUGAUUCGGCGCCGCGCCCAGGCUUCUGCAGCGACGGAAAUGGCUCCUUCCGCCGAA